AUGCGUGGUAGAAAUCCGGGGAGGGGUAGUACAACUGCACGUUGGAGCGCGUCCACUGCGUACGGACACGCGCAUCGAUUUAUGUCGGCCAAGCUCAAGGCAGGUCGUAGCAGCAAUGAGGAGGGCGACAACGGCGCUGCAGAUGCUCCCCAAGUUGCAUCCGGACCUUCCUUGCGCGCGCCAGGAGCUCCGUUCCCGGACGCAACUGAUUCACAGCCCGCGCCUUCAGCUGCGCAGGCCGCGGCGGCGACUGCAGACCAUCCCGCGCAGUCUGCUGCACACGCCGCGGCGGCUACCGCUGCUCUUCCAGAUCGCUCCUCUGGUGCAGCUGCGGUGCAGCGAAGCCAUGCGUUCUCGGUUUGCGAUCCAGCUGCCUUCCAGCCCACGAGUGCCCCAGCUGCAUUCCACACAGCUGAUAGUACCUCUGCCUUAAAGCCAGAGGCAUCUGCCGCCUUCCAGCCAGCGGCAGCAGCCCAGCAAGCUCAGGCAGAAGCCUUCCAGCCAGCGGCAGCAGCCCAGCAAGCUCCUGCAGAAGCCUUCCAGCCAGCGGCAGCAGCCCAGCAAGCUCAGGCAGAAGCCUUUCAACCAGCGGCAGCAGCCCAGCAAGCUCUUGCAGAAGCCUUCCAGCCAGCGGCAGCAGCCCAGCAAGCUCAGGCAGCAGCCUUCCAGCCAGCGGCAGCAGCCCAGCAAGCUCAGGCAGAAGCCUUCCAGCCAGCGGCAGCAGCCCAGCAAGCUCAGGCAGAAGCCUUUCAGCCAGCGGCAGCAGCCCAGCAAGCUCAGGCAGAAGCCUUCCAGCCAGCGGCAGCAGCCCAUCAAGCUCCUGCAGAAGCCUUCCAGCCAGCGGCAGCAGCCCAGCAAGCUCAGGCAGAAGCCUUCCAGCCAGCGGCAGCAGCCCAGCAAGCUCCUGCAGAAGCCUUCCAGCCAGCGGCAGCAGCCCAGCAAGCUCAGGCAGAAGCCUUCCAGCCAGCGGCAGCAGCCCAGCAAGCUCAGGCAGAAGCCUUCCAGCCAGCGGCAGCAGCCCAGCAAGCUCAGGCAGAAGCCUUCCAGCCAGCGACAGCAGCCCAGCAAGCUCAGGCAGAAGCCUUUCAGCCAGCGGCAGCAGCCCAGCAAGCUCAGGCAGAAGCCUUCCAGCCAGCGGCAGCAGCCCAGCAAGCUCCUGCAGAAGCCUUCCAGCCAGCGACAGCAGCCCAGCAAGCUCAGGCAGAAGCCUUCCAGCCAGCGGCAGCAGCCCAGCAAGCUCAGGCAGAAGCCUUUCAGCCAGCGGCAGCAGCCCAGCAAGCUCAGGCAGAAGCCUUCCAGCCAGCAGCAGCAGCCCAGCAAGCUCAGGCAGAAGCCUUUCAGCCAGCGGCAGCAGCCCAGGCAGUGUCAGCAGCCGCCUUCCAGCCAGCGGCAGCCACUGCCUUCCAGCCAGCGGCGGCCUCUACCUUCCAGGCAGCGCCUGAUACAGCUGGCUUCCAGCCCGGGCCUGCUACAGCAACAGCUGCGAACUCUGAAGACCGAGCUGCGUUCCAGGAACAGGCCGCACGAACCCGAGAUCUGGCACGGCAGUUGAUGCAGGCGCAGAGUGACAUGCGUUGGAUGCAACGUCAGAUAGCCGCCUUACAGCAGGCCAACGGCAGCAAUGCAGGUCAGCAGGGCGACGCCUUCGCUUCCCACAUGGAAAACAACAUUCCCUGGGUUGUCAUGUCAGUGACAGAUCUCAGGGAUCAUUGUGCUGGUCUUUCUGUCCACGUGCUCUUUCUCUCUUCUAAUCCACCAUCGUGA